AUGCAGUCACCCCGCACCUUGGCCUCUUGGGUUCGCUCUCUCUCUCUGUCUCUCUCCCUCUCCCUCUCUGACCACCCACCUCUUUCUCUCACCUCAUCAGCUCGGCUGCCUCGACUACCUCCAUCUUUGCCUGACCAACUUACCUGGCCUGGCUUGCAUGACAGUCAGCCAUGUGCCGCCAUCUCCACUCCGCUAGCUGCAAACACUGUAGAUCCUUACUGCACUUCCCACGCCAUCCCGCGUCGGCGCCAGCCGUCACCUCGAUCCAUCGUCAACCAGCCCCUGUUGGAGUCGCAACGGUAG